AUGUCGAACUUCGACGACAGUCACAACAACUCCCCUCAGACGUACGAGCCUGUCGUUCCUACGGAUCUCACCCGCGGCUCCUAUCACAGCGCAAUGGGUCCCCCACCACAGCACACUGUGCGAGAGACUCGCAGCUCGUCUGAUACGAGCAAUGCGUCGCUCAAGAGCCCACGCACUGCUCGAUUCGCCGAGGCCACAUCCAUCCACUCUCCCAUUGAACGGACGGAAGCUGGUCGGUCGCCCUUUGCCGAUCCUCCCAAGUCCCAGGCGCAGAGUGGCGGUGUUGGUGAUCUCGGCUUCGGUUAUGUCGCAGCCAACAACGCAGCUCAGCAUGCGGAUGACCAGGUUCCGAUGUCGCCUUUCAGACCUGACUUGAAGGUACCCCAGACGGCCAAGUCAUUGAACCCGCUCAGCCCAACUUUCCGUGAGGAGUAUAUGCUCGAGAAGCAAGAAAAGAAGGCCGAAGUGGAGAAUGCCAGAGACUUGAGAAUCAAACUCCGCGUCCGUAUCGCAAAGGUCUUCCUGAGAUUCGUCAGCUUUGGCUGCAGUCUCAUUGUGCUAUCUCUCUUAGCUGUGACAUUGACCGUUUUUAACGCAACCAAGAGCCUGCCCACUCGUAACAGCCUCCCAGCCUGGGCAGCAGGUACCAACCCAUGGGCCCAGUACCUCCUCUUGGGAAUGGCCUGCGUCUCCCUGGUCGCCUGUCUAAUUGUAUUCUGGGCCUACCGCAAAGGCGGACACAAACGCGCGGAGAAAGCUGCAGUCUACUACACAAGCUUCUCUAUCGCCUUCUUCGCCUUCAACCUGAUAAUGUGGAUCGUCGGCGCAGCAAUCUACCAACACUCAAAGGCGACAGGAGGGAACAAAGACAUGUGGGGAUGGUCCUGCGCCCAGAACACCCGCGAAGAGAUCUACCACAACAGCGUCGACUACGCCCUCCUCUGCCGCCUCCAAGACUGGGGCCUAGUCUGCGCAAUCAUCGAAGUCGUCAUCGAAGUCCUAAUCAUAAUAAUCUACGUCGUAGUCUUCUACCGCAUCUGGAGCAAGCGCAAGCUCAUGAAAUCAAUGGAUACCCGCGAUAACGCCCGCUCAGAUCUCUACCUCGCCCAGCUUCGUCUCCAAUCUGCCCCGAACACGCCCGGCUUCGCAGGCUUCAGCUCCUACCCGCCUAAAUCCCCCUUCUACGCCGCUGCUCCCGUCGACGCUUACUCGGCCGCCGAGAAGGGCCAGGCUACCCAGACGCAGUACGCUUCGCCGGUCUCGCCUACACGCCCGACUCCGUCCUUCCAGCUGCAGCCCCCGCCUAUUCGUGUUCAGCAGGCUACGCCGCAGACUGCGCAGGGUGAGUUCGCUCCUCGUCAGUCGCAUUCGCCGUCCCCGCCUCCUCAACACCAGGCUCCGCAGUCUCAGUAUGUCAGUGCUCCCGGUGAGCAGACUUACGCUGCUGUGCCGAUCCCUGGAGCUUAUGGGAGUCCCAUGGGGCCGACGUUCCCGGCUGCUGUACACAAAUGA